CUCUUCUCUUCUCUUGCUCUUUCCGGUAAUCCCUCUUGGACCUCUCCACCAGGGGUAGAUAGGUAUUCGCGCCUUUGUACACUCACUAAACAAGUAUUCACAAGAGAUACGUACCUUUGUGAGCACAGCUUACACGCCUGUGUCUCCGAGCAUGUCUCUCAUGUGGUUUUCGCGACCGCGGCCCACGCUUAACGCUAGUAUUCCUAUGCCCAUGCUUCUCGCGCCGGCAAUGGGCAUCCAUCGUCCAGUCCUCUCCUGGUGCUAACAUGGGUCCAUACUCUCCGGCCCUCCAUGGCCUAUGAUCUCGAGUUAUCCAUCUGAGCAUGAGGAUAAGUAUAACCUUGUUUCCCUCCUCUUGUUGCCCCUUCUUGCUUCAUGUCCAAACAACAUCUUCUCUUCAGGCAUCUAGAGUCUCAAGUGUCCGGGCCAAGACCAUACAUACGAUCCCUUCCUUCCUUUUCACCUCCACUCUCAUACAAUUUAGAAUCACCAUCGGAGCGGGUCUCCUUCCUAUCCUUGUUUUCCAAACUAAUCUUGUAAUCCGCUCCUUCCACUACACAAGCUUCAAGAUGUCUACUCUGGCAACAGGUAUCCCUUACGAAUUCACAUUCCCAUCGUGUGAACUUCCAGUCACUCCGCCAAGCUUUUCUUUCGAUCCUUCUCUCCUUGAGAUCAACUUCAACCCUAGCCAUGUUCGCUCCGUCUCCCAUGGCUCAUCGGUCUACUCCUCCUUUGAGUCUUCUCCCUCAGAGUCAGUGAGCGCAACAAGCACACGGAGGACAACACCGGUCCGGAGCCGGUCACCCAUCCGUACUCAUGGACCUCUUCUCCUCCCCAAGAUUCGCAGCCAGGACCAGUCCAUCGAUCCAUCCGCCGUUGCUGCUCCGGCCCCCAAGCGUGCUCGGACUAUGCCGGGCCCAAGGAUCGCCCGGGCCCGGGCCAAUACCGACAGCUUCCGACCUGUACAUCAGCGCAGCUACACCAACCCAGAUGCCAUCUCCUUCGCGACUCCUCUCCCCUUCGCGGAGGAUAACAGCGGCAUCGUCUUCGCUCCCAUCAACUAUGUUGCCGAGCCUUCAUCGGUACCUCACUCUCGCCGGGCGUCCUUGUGCAGCCUAGACCACGUCACCAUCGAGAGAUAUGGCUAUCCCACCUACCGCCAAAUGCCGACCUAUGUGCCAUCCCAGACUCGGGCCAGCCUCAGCCCGUCGCCUACGCCGCAGCCCCAGGCUCAGUUCCCCCAGCCGGAGUCUUUCAUGUACCAGCCGUAUGCGCCGCGCGCACCUUCGCCUCUCGCUGCCGCCGCUCCCAUCACCCCCGACAUGACGCCCUCGACGACCCUCCUAUCCUACCUCACCUCGUCGAACCCGGCUCCGUCGCUCGUUCGCACCAUCUCCUUCCCGCUUCGGGAUCCCCACACCAAGCACUUCUGGUGGGACGUCCGACAAGUUCGCCCCUGGACCAACUUCACCGCGGCCUCCAUCCUCUCCAUCCCCGGCGCCUCCGCCUGCCUCUCGGUGCCCAUCUCACAGGCCCUCCUCCCCACGGCCUCUUCUCCUCACCACCGCCACCCCGAGACCGAAGCCGCGCUGCACUCCAUCUACUCGGCUCACUACCUCCCCAAGCUCAACGCCGCUCUGGCCCUCUGCUCGCAGCGCCCUCUCCAGCUCUCCGUUCCCUCCAAGAGCCCCAUGGCCGCCGUCGCCACCGGUGCUUCCUCCGCAUCCGCAGCAGCAACCGACAACAUGUUCAUCGCCAACGUCGCCGGCGAAUCUGCCACCAACAGCGUCGCCGCCAUCUUCGGCGGCAAGCCCCACCGCGCGCGUCGUCGGGCUCGUCAAGUCCUUUGACCGCUUCAACACGGGCAUGCGCGUCGAGGGAAACAUCAAGCGGGUCGAGUAUCUGCGCGGCCUCGCGCACUUGCACCACGUCAUGCGCGAGCACGGGUGCCGGUACGGCUUCAUCUUGACCGAGAUCGAGCUGGUGUUUGUUCGCAACGGGACCGAGACCACCCCGCAUUUCGGCUAUCUCGAGGUGGGCAGCGUGCAGCUUGCUGCCACGGGUAGCGAAGCGGCCGUGUCCGCGGAGAAUGUGAACGAGGUGCAGAUGACGGCUUGCUUGGCCCUUUGGGGAUUGUGCAUGCUUGCGGGCGACGAGCCUGUUCCCGGACAGGUACACUGGAAGGCGGAGAUCGGUGCGCCCGCUGAGGGAACGAGACGGAAGGCGCUGGCGAGGGAUGAGUGGAUGCCGCAGCCGCAGUUGGCGGAGAAGAGAGAGGCGAAGAGGAGUAGGGGGUGGAUCUGGCCUGAGGAUGCUGUGGGAAGGAAGGAGUUGGGGAAGAGAGGUGUGAGGUAUGGUGCUUGCUAAGUUGAACUUGCGGCACAAUUGUGAGUGUGACGGAAUGGAAAAGGGGCCUGGUACAAGGGGCGGUAUUGAUCUGGCAUCAUCAUCACCAUCAUCUCGACUUGUGCGAAGUUGAAGAACGGGUUUCUUCACUUCACUCAGUUGAACGUGAUACUCCCCUUUGCUCCUUUUUCUUCCCGCUAAUGGAGGAAAAGAAGAGAGAAACGGUACAUGGGAUAAAAGUCUGGCACUCCACUCCCUUUUUUUUCAUCAUCUUCAUCUUCUUCUUCACCAUCUUUCUUCAACCUGGUUGUUGGCAAAGAGAUUUUGCAUUUGGCUUUUGGCUUCUUUUUCAACGGAGUUCAAGACAGGGAAACAGCAUGGGUUUAAAAUGGGCGGUCUCAGCAUUUGCAUUUUCAUGUAGCAUACCAAUUUUUCUUUUGUCAUCAAGAACAAGAAUGAAUGAAAGAAAGAAAGAAAGAAGGGCGCCGAAAAUCCCGGAUUAGGGAAAUGACUGGUUCAUCAUGAUGCCCGGGGGUAAGGAGGAAAAUUUGCAUAUACCAUACAUACCACAUACAUCAAAUACCAUUCAACACCAAGACACUACGUAGGUAUACAAUCGUUGUGUGUGAUGUCCCCA